UCGAUUCCGGAACUCCAAGUCCAUCUUGCCCAGGCAGGACCAGGCUAGGGCACCAUGGACCUGGAGCUUGCAGGUCGGCGGGCGCUGGUCACCGGCGCGGGCAAAGGCAUCGGGCGCAGCACUGUGCUGGCAUUGAAGGCGGCUGGUGCACAGGUUGUGGCGGUGAGUCGGACGCGAGAGGACCUGGACGACCUGGUCCGCGAGUGUCCUGGUGUGGAGCCUGUGUGUGUGGACCUGGCCGACUGGGAGGCCACAGAGCAGGCCCUAAGCAAUGUGGGACCGGUGGAUCUUCUGGUGAACAAUGCCGCGGUGGCUGUGUUGCAGCCCUUUCUGGAGGUCACCAAGGAGGCCUGUGACACGUCCUUCAAUGUGAAUCUUCGGGCUGUCAUCCAGGUGUCUCAGAUUGUGGCCAAGGGCAUGAUAGCUCGGGGAGUUCCAGGGGCCAUCGUGAAUGUCUCCAGCCAGGCCUCCCAACGUGCACUGACCAACCAUACUGUCUACUGUUCCACCAAGGGUGCCCUGGACAUGUUGACCAAGAUGAUGGCCCUAGAGCUUGGGCCCCACAAGAUCCGUGUGAAUGCAGUAAACCCCACAGUAGUGAUGACACCCAUGGGCCGGACCAACUGGAGCGACCCCCACAAAGCAAAGGCCAUGCUGGAUCGUAUCCCACUGGGCAGGUUCGCUGAGGUGGAAAACGUCGUGGACACCAUCCUCUUCCUGCUGAGCAACCGGAGUGGCAUGACCACUGGCUCCACUCUGCCGGUGGAUGGGGGCUUCCUGGCUACCUGAGCCCCCCCUGCCCGCCGACACUCUGCUCAGCGCUAUGAUCAGGACGCUGUGCCCUCCACCCCUGCAAUAAAGCUCUCUGCUCA